GUUGCCUCCUGCACAAGCCUGACUGGGUCCAGGGAUCGAGCCUGGAACUGAGGGUUACUGGCUGCAGAUUGCAAUUACCAUGUCUGACUCAGUGAUUCUUCGCAGUGUCAAGAAAUUUGGAGAGGAGAAUCAUGGUUUUGAGUCAGAUGGAUCAUAUAACAAUGAGAAGAAUUCACGGUUACAAAAUGAGAAGAAAGGUGACAGCAGUCCAGUUGGCUUCUUUCAAUUGUUUCGAUUUUCUUCAACGACUGACAUUUGGCUGAUGUUUGUGGGAGGUUUAUGUGCAUUUCUCCAUGGACUAGCCCAUCCAGGCGUGCUACUCAUUUUUGGCACCAUGACAGAUGUUUUUAUUGACUACGAAACUGAAUUACAAGAACUCCAGAUCCCUGGAAAAGCAUGUGUAAACAACACCAUCGUGUGGACCAACAGCUCCCUCAACCAGAACGUGACAAAUGGAAUGCCUUGUGGGUUGAUGGACAUUGAAAGUGAAAUGAUCAAAUUUGCCAGUUACUAUGCUGGAACCGCUGUUGCAGUUCUUAUCACAGGAUAUAUUCAAAUAUGCUCUUGGGUAAUUGCCUCAGCUCGUCAAAUACAGAAAAUGAGAAAACUUUACUUUAGAAAAAUAAUGAGAAUGGAAAUAGGGUGGUUCGACUGCAAUUCAGUGGGAGAGCUGAAUACAAGAUUUUCUGAUGAUAUUAAUAAAAUCAAUGAUGCCAUUGCUGACCAAAUGGCCAUUUUCAUUCAGCGCAUGACCACGAGCAUCUGUGGGUUCCUGCUGGGAUUUUACCAGGGUUGGAAGCUGACCUUGGUCAUCAUUUCUGUCAGCCCUCUCAUUGGAAUGGGAGCAGCCGUCAUUGGUCUGAGUGUGUCCACGUUUACUGACCAUGAAUUGAAGGCCUAUGCGAAAGCAGGGUCAGUGGCUGAUGAAGUCAUUUCAUCCAUUCGAACAGUGGCUGCUUUUGGUGGUGAGAAAAAAGAGGUUGAAAGGUAUGAGAAAAAUCUUGUGUUUGCCCAGCGUUGGGGGAUUAGAAAAGGGAUAGUGAUGGGAUUUUUUACUGGAUUCAUGUGGUGCCUCAUCUUCCUGUGUUAUGCACUGGCCUUCUGGUACGGCUCCAAACUCGUCCUGGAUGAAGGAGAAUAUACAGCAGGAGCCCUUGUCCAGAUUUUCCUCAGUGUCAUAGUGGGAGCUUUAAAUCUUGGCAAUGCAUCUUCUUGUUUGGAAGCCUUUGCAACUGGACGUGCAGCAGCCACCAGCAUUUUUGAAACAAUAGACCAGAAACCUGUUAUUGACUGCAUGUCAGAAGAUGGUUACAAGUUGGAUCGAAUUAACGGUGAAAUUCAAUUCCACAAUGUGACCUUCCACUAUCCUUCCAGACCAGAAGUGAAGAUUUUAAAUAACCUCAGCAUGGUCAUCAAACCAGGGGAAAUGACGGCUGUGGUAGGAUCCAGCGGAGCUGGGAAGAGCACAGCCCUGCAACUCAUCCAGCGAUUCUACGACCCCAGUGCAGGCAUGGUGACUUUGGAUGGCCAUGACAUUCGCUCUCUUAACAUUCAGUGGCUUAGAGCUCAGAUUGGAAUUGUGGAGCAAGAGCCUGUUCUGUUCUCCACCACCAUUGCAGAGAAUAUUCGCUAUGGCAGAGAGGGGGCCACGAUGGAAGAUAUAGUCCGAGCUGCCAAGGAAGCCAAUGCCUAUAACUUCAUCAUGGAGCUGCCACAGCAAUUUGACACUCUUGUUGGAGAAGGAGGAGGCCAGAUGAGUGGCGGCCAGAAACAAAGAGUAGCCAUUGCUAGAGCCCUGGUUCGAAAUCCCAAGAUCCUGCUUUUGGACAUGGCCACCUCGGCACUGGACAAUGAGAGCGAAGCCAUGGUGCAAGAGGCACUGAGUAAGAUUCAGCAUGGGCAUACCAUCAUUUCAGUCGCUCAUCGCCUAUCCACGGUUAGAGCUGCAGAUGUCAUUAUUGGUUUUGAACAUGGUGCAGCAGUGGAAAGAGGUACACAUGAAGAACUGUUGGAAAGAAAAGGAGUUUACUUCACUCUAGUGACUUUGCAAAGUCAAGGAGAUCAAGCCCUUAAUGAGGAGGGCAUAAAGGGAAAAGAUGACACUGAAGGUGCUUUACUUGAGAGCAAACAGACCUUUAGCAGAGGGAGCUACCGGGCUAGUUUAAGAGCUUCCAUCCGGCAACGCUCCAAGACUCAGCUUUCUUACCUGGUACAGGAACCUUCAUUAACUGGUGUUGAUCAUAAAUCUACUUAUGAAGAAGGCAGAAAGGACAAGAACAUUCCUGUGGAAGAAGAAAUUGAACCUGCCCCGGUUCGGAGGAUUCUGAAACUCAAUGCUCCAGAAUGGCCCUACAUGGUGGUGGGGUCUGUGGGUGCCGCUGUCAAUGGGGCAGUCACACCCCUCUAUGCCUUUUUAUUCAGCCAGAUUCUUGGGACUUUUUCACUUCCUGAUAAAGAAGAACAAAGGUCACAGAUCAAUGGUGUGUGCCUGCUUUUUGUAGCAAUGGGCUGUGUAUCCCUUUGCACUCAAUUUCUGCAGGGAUACGCUUUUGCUAAAUCUGGAGAACUCCUCACAAAAAGGCUACGUAAAUUUGGUUUCAGAGCAAUAUUGGGGCAAGACAUUGGCUGGUUUGAUGACCUCCGAAAUAGCCCUGGAGCACUGACAACAAGGCUUGCUACAGAUGCUUCCCAAGUUCAAGGGGCUGCUGGCUCUCAAAUCGGGAUGAUGGUCAAUUCCCUCACUAACAUCACUGUGGCCAUGAUCAUUGCCUUCUUCUGUAGCUGGAAGUUAAGCUUGGUCAUAGUAUGUUUCCUCCCUUUCCUGGCUUUAUCGGGAGCCGUACAGACCAGAAUGUUGACAGGAUUUGCCUCUCAAGACAAGCAGGCUUUGGAGUCGGCGGGACAGAUUACAAGUGAAGCCCUCAGUAAUAUCCGCACUAUUGCUGGAAUUGGAAAGGAGAGGCAGUUUAUUGAAGCAUUUGAGAGAGAGCUGGUGAAGCCAUUCAAGACAGCCAUUCGAAAAGCAAAUGUUUAUGGAUUCUGCUUUGGUUUUUCCCAAUGCAUUGUGUUUGUUGCUAAUUCUGCUUCCUACAGAUAUGGAGGUUACUUAAUCUACAACGAGGGGCUCCAUUUCAGCUACGUGUUCAGGGUGAUCUCUUCAGUUGUACUGAGUGGGACAGCUCUUGGAAAAGCCUACUCUUACACCCCAAGUUAUGCCAAAGCUAAGAUAUCAGCUGCACGCUUUUUUCAACUGCUGGACCGACGACCCCCAAUCAAUGUAUACAGUGGUGCAGGUGUAAAAUGGGAUAACUUCCAGGGGCAGAUUGACUUUGUUGACUGUAAAUUUACAUAUCCCUCUCGACCUGAUGUACAAGUUCUGAAUGGGCUCUCAAUAUCGGUUAGUCCAGGGCAAACACUGGCAUUUGUUGGAAGCAGUGGAUGUGGCAAAAGCACCAGUGUCCAGCUGUUGGAGCGUUUCUAUGAUCCUGACCAAGGGAAGGUGAUGAUCGAUGGGCAUGAUAGCAAAAGGGUGAAUGUCCAGUUUCUCCGUUCCAACAUUGGAAUUGUUUCCCAAGAACCGGUGUUGUUUGCCUGUAGCAUAACAGACAAUAUCAAGUAUGGGGACAACACCAGAGACAUCCCCAUGGAAAAAGUCAUAGAAGCUUCAAAGCAGGCUCAGCUGCAUGACUUUGUCAUGUCACUCCCAGAGAAAUAUGAAACUAAUGUUGGGUCCCAGGGGUCUCAACUCUCUCGGGGAGAGAAACAACGCAUUGCUAUUGCUCGGGCCAUUGUGAGAGAUCCUAAAAUCUUGCUACUAGAUGAAGCUACUUCUGCCUUAGACACAGAAAGUGAAAAGACGGUGCAGGUUGCCCUGGACAAAGCCAGAGAAGGACGGACCUGCAUUGUCAUUGCCCACCGUUUGUCCACCAUCCAGAACUCGAAUAUCAUUGCUGUCAUGUCCCAGGGGACAGUGAUUGAGAAGGGGACCCAUAAAGAACUGAUGGCCCAGAAAGGAGCCUAUUACAAACUGGUCACUACAGGAGCCCCUAUCAGUUGACCUGACUCUAGAAUUUCACACACAGCAGCCGUGCUGUGGUCAUUUGGACAUGACUACGAAUGGCAGAGAGGGUAGACAAAUUGAGUCUGAUUUUUGGACAUCCUUGAGAAGCUGCUCCAGCCUGAGCUGCCUAACUCCAGCCAUCCUACUACACAAGAAAAAGACACCUCUCACCUGCUAAGCCCUGAAGUCAUUUUUUUUUUUGUAGUUGUUGUUGUUAAUUUGGAAUUAACAUAAUUAAUAGAUACAGUUAGAUUUUUAUAAAUAAAAAAUACUGAAAAUGCAACAUUGAAGUAUUGAUUUGUGUUAUUAAAUUACCUUAAAAUAUGACCUUUACACCUAGAGGUUUUCCAAAAAUAUUGACUGAAAGGAGGAAUUAAUCAUAGUCUUUCUUUUCAAAUGUCACUCAUAUGAAAAGAGAUAUAACUGGAUGGAAAUCCUCACAGCUCAUUCUAGUUUUCCAAGAACAUUUCAUGUACCUUUCUUUACUAUGCUUUAACUGAAGAGGUUUUUACUUAGGGACUUGGUGUUUUGUGAUGAUGCUUUCUCAUCCUCUCAUAUGAUAAAAAGUAAAUUUUAAAAAAAGAGAAUGAAUCUGAAAUAGGGUGGGUUAGAAGAGAUGGGGAAUAAUGUUACCAGCUAACCUGUAGCUGGGUAUAGUCUCAAUUCAGUUCUUCCAAGCCCACAGGCCAGAGAUAGCCCUGGUGUCCGCCCACAGUUGCAGCAGGGAAGCCUGGAACCCUGGGGGUCUCCUCAAGGGAAAGGCCUAUAUCAAAGUCACCCCUUGCAUAUCUAGCACCUAAAUGAUUUUAAUAAGUGUUUGACAGAGGGUGGUAGGAAGGUUAGGGAGAAAAGAAAAUCAUGGACAGAAGGGGUCCUGUUUGAGCCUGAAAAGAUCUUAGAAGCUACUUGGAACUGGAUCUCUAAUUGUCAUUUAGCAUGAUCAUCCUCAAAAAUCUUGCCAACAUAUAAUUUGAUGUUAGACUUGUGGUGCAUUCAAGAAAAACAUAACAGCAACCAUGAAAUUUAAAAAGUAAAACUUAUCUUUAUGUGUUUGAGAGAUCUGUAAUUAGUCCACAACAAACGUACUAAUAGGAUAUUUCAAUUUUCUAGUUACUUCCCCCAUACAGUGCAGUUUAGUUAAGCACCUCCAACUCCCCUCCCACCAAGCAAACUUCUUCUCAUUCAGCCUGUUAUAAAUAACCCCUUAGUAUCUCUUCCUGCAAGAACAUCUUCCUCUUUAAGUUGUUAAGAAAGGGGAAAUGGAGCCGAUAAUUUCAUUAUGGGAUCUCUUUUGUAAAAUAGGUGAGCAGAAAAUCUAUGAAUAUUCUCAUGUCAAUAAUCUUGCUCUAUAACAUCAGCCACAUUAUUUCAUGUUUCAAUGCAUCUCUUUACAUAGCUAUAAAAUUCAAAUUCUAAUCAGAAUAGGAUGUUUUAAAGACUGAAAGGUAUUAUAUAAAUCUAAAUCUAAAAUUGUUUAUUAAAAAGCAAAUUACAAAAUGAAGUACUGUUUAGGAUUUACAGCCUUAUUCAUUGCAUGUAAGUAAAAGGUAAUAUGCUCUGGCUCUUCUUUUUUUUUUUUA